AACACCGAAUUGCAUUGCAGCCGAGCAUGCUGCAAUAGUUGCCGACACUCGUGAAAUUCGUUCGAUUCGUGUAUUAAAAGGGACAAGAAUUGCAUUCCAGAAUGGUCGAGGAAAAGGAGAAUGUUGCCAAUGCGGGGCAGGAGCCGGUCUCCAAGAAAGGUGCCAAAAAGCAAGCAAAGGCCGCCAAGAAAGCUGAGCAGAAGGCAGAGAAUGCUGCUGCCGUUGCCGUUGAUGCUGCUGGUGAUAAUGCCGCCGAUCAUGCUGCCGAUCGUUAUGGUCUCUACGAGAUGAUUCAGUCAAAGGAGACGCGUAGCGAACGUCAAUUUGUCUCCGUGUCGGAGCUGAGCAACCACGUGAAUGACAAGGGUCUGCUGUGGGUGCGUGGACGUGUGCAUACAUCGCGUGCCAAGGGCAAACAAUGUUUCCUCAUUCUGCGCCAGCAGAGCAGCACCGUCCAAUGCAUUCUCGCUGUGGGCGAUGUCAUCUCCAAGCAAAUGGUCAAGUUUGCCGGAAACAUACCCAAGGAGAGCAUAAUUGAUAUCCAGGCCAAGGCGGUGGCUGUGCCCAAUCGCAUCGAGUCGUGCACGGAACAGUUGCUGGAGCUGUUCAUCGAGCAGAUUUUUGUCAUUUCGCAGGCGAAGGCACAGUUGCCGCUACAGAUUGAGGAUGCAUCGAGGCCGGAGAAUGCAGAUGAUGCCGAUGGACUUAAUAUACGCGUCAAUCAGGACACUAGAUUGGAUAAUCGAGUGCUCGAUCUGAGGACACCAGCCAAUCAGGCCAUUUUUCGCCUGGAGGCCGGCGUUUGCCGUUUGUUCCGUGAUAUAUUGACCGAUCAGGGUUUCACCGAGAUCCACACGCCCAAGAUCAUUUCCGCUGCCAGUGAGGGUGGCGCCAACGUCUUUACCGUCAGCUACUUUAAGGACUCGGCAUAUCUGGCACAGUCGCCGCAGCUGUACAAGCAGAUGGCAAUCGCAGCUGACUUUGACAAGGUUUACACAGUUGGAGCUGUGUUCCGUGCCGAAGAUUCAAACACGCACAGGCACUUGACGGAAUUUGUUGGUCUCGAUUUGGAGAUGGCCUUCAAGUAUCAUUACCACGAAGUGCUGCACACAAUUGGCAACACGUUUACGGCCAUCUUUAAGGGGCUGCGCGACAAGUACAGUCGCGAAAUUGAGGCGGUUGGACAGCAGUACAAAGUGGAACCGUUUAAGUUCUUGGAGCCGCCGCUCAUACUGCAGUUUGCCGAGGGUGUGGCAAUGUUGCGUGAGGCUGGCAUCGAAACCGGUGAUGAGGAGGAUCUGUCGACACCAAACGAGAAAUUGCUGGGCCGUCUGGUGAAGGCCAAAUACGAUACGGACUUCUACAUACUCGACAAGUUUCCGCUGUCGAUACGUCCGUUCUACACAAUGCCCGAUCCGAGCAAUCCGAUCUAUUCCAAUUCGUAUGACAUGUUCAUGCGUGGCGAGGAGAUUCUCUCGGGUGCGCAACGUAUCCACGAUCCAGAGUACUUAAUUGAGCGUGCCAAGCAUCACAAUAUUGAUACCACAAAAAUUGCGGCUUAUAUUGAGUCCUUCCGCUAUGGUUGUCCACCGCACGCUGGCGGCGGCAUUGGCAUGGAACGUGUCGUUAUGUUGUAUCUGGGCUUGGAUAACAUUAGGAAGACAUCAAUGUUCCCACGUGAUCCCAAGCGGUUAACACCUUAAAUGUGGCCAACACAUCAUCAAUAACAUAAUUACAAUAACACCUAUUCUAUCUUAAUGAAUGAAAUUCGCAACAAUUUAUAUGAUUUUCUCCAACUUUCCAUAACUGUGUGCCCAACUCUCAAUAUCUUUAUUUUUGUAGACCCCCUGAACCCAGAAUCUAUCCCAGUUAAUGUUGGUGCGCUCUCUUUUUUUUAAGACUUGCAUGCUGCAAAGUUGUUUGACAACGAGAACUGUAAAGACUGCUUAGAGUCACUAUUGUUUAAUAUCGUAUGAAAUAAAUCUUUGCCAGUGUGUUUAGUAA